AUGGAUACCAAAAUCCAGGAAUUUAUCAUACCUCUUGGUUAUCGAUUAACUCAACUCAAGAAUCAUCAGAGUACCGGGCCUGUAUUGGUGGCCCUAGGUGUUUUAUUGAUUUCUUACCUUCUGUACAAUGUCGCCUUUGCAACUGACAUCGCUCACAUUAAAGGGUUACCAGAAAUCCCAGGAGCUGUUCCAGUUUUUGGUCAUCUGUUGAAGUUGGGCGAGGACCAUGCUACUACAUGCGAAAAAUGGUGGCGCCAAUACAAUUAUUCUGUCUUUCAGAUCAAGCUGGGUAACACUAGGGCCGUGGUGGUUAACUCGUUUGACGACUGUAAGAAAAUGCUUCUCGGGAACCAGAACGCCGUCAUCGAUCGACCAAAGCUGUACACUUUCCACGGUGUCAUCAGCAGCACUCAAGGGUUCACCAUUGGUUCCUCUCCCUGGGAUGAGUCGUGCAAGAAGAAACGAAAGGCAGCAGGCACGGCACUUGGACGACCAGCGCUUAGGAACUACCAUCCAAUGUUUGACCUAGAAAGCUAUUGCAUUGUACGAGACAUGAAGAAAGACAGCUGCAACGGAGAGAUUGAAGUUGAUAUCCGGCCCUACAUUCAGAGAUACGCACUCAAUACCACCCUAACACUCUGCUACGGUAUCCGUAUGGACGCCGUCUAUGAUGAGUUGCUCCGCGAGAUUCUCCAUGUCGGAUCGGCCAUUUCACUUCUGCGCAGCGCAUCUGAGAACCUGCAGGACUACGUGCCAAUCUUGCGCUAUCUCCCCAAUAACGAAAAGAACGCCCGUUCCAAGGAACUCCGCGCGCGACGGGAUGCUUACUUGGACUUGCUCUUGAAUAAAGUCCGAGAUAUGAUUAAUAGGGGCGUCGACAAGCCCUGCAUAUCUGCGGCUAUCUUAAAAGACGAGGAGAGCAAGCUUACUGGCGUCGAGGUCUCAUCUAUCUGCUUGUCCUUGGUGUCUGGCGGUUUCGAAACAAUCCCGGGAACAUUGACCUCCUGUCUCGGUUCUUUGUCGACAAAGGAAGGGCAGGUUUGGCAGGACCGUGCAUAUGAAGAUAUCAAGCGUUAUUACCCGGAUAUUGGCGACGCCUGGAACAACUCUUUUAUUGAGGAGAAGAUACCUUAUGUCAAUGCCAUUGUCAAAGAGGCGGGAAGAUAUUACACUGUCAGUGCCAUGAGCCUGCCGAGGAAGACAGUUACAGAAGUCAAUUGGAACGGAGCCAUCAUCCCACCAAAAACAAUGAUCUUGAUCAACGCCCAAGCUGGCAACCACGAUGUUGACCAUUUUGGCCCUGAAGCGGGACGAUUUAACCCGGAGAGAUGGCUUGAGAGUCUUGCACCCCCUACGGAGAUUGAAUCUAGUGGCCUCGGCCAUCUUAGUUUCGGAACUGGGUCCCGCGCCUGCUCUGGCCAAAACAUUGCAAGUAGGCUGCUAUACACUGCCUUGGUACGUAUUCUGUCAUCGUACAAGAUUGUGGCGAGCGAGAAGAAUCCACCCAACACGGACUAUGUGGACUACAAUCAGUUUAAAACCGCGUUGGUAGCUAUUCCCAGGGAUUUCAAGGUCAAGCUUGUUCCAAGGGAUAGAGACGCGUUAAGCGAAUGCUUAGACGCCGCGGAGCAGAGAACUCGUGAGCAUUAUAAGGAGUAAAAUAGGCCGGUCUCUCCAGGUGAUGGGGGACGACUAUGAGCACGGAUGGGCGUAAUUGUAUGUUGUCAGAAUUUACCGG